GCAGACUGCCCACCCCGCGGCGUCGCCCGGCAGCGCCUCCUCGUCUCCGCCCCGCCGGCCGCGGCCGCGGGGGACGUCAGCGCUGCCAGCGUGGAAACCGCGGCGGUCCGCGGGAGGCGGAAGUAGCGCUGGGACCGCGGAGCCUCCAUAGGGCUCCGCCGGCCGCCUCAGCCAUGGACGCGUCCCUGGAGAAGAUAGCAGACCCUACAUUAGCUGAGAUGGGAAAAAACUUGAAAGAGGCCGUGAAGAUGCUAGAGGACAGUCAGAGAAGAACAGAGGAGGAAAAUGGAAAGAAGAUAUCAGGAGAUAUUCCGGGGCCACUGCAAGGCAGCGGACAAGACAUGGUGAGCAUCCUCCAGGUAGUACAGAACCUGAUGCACGGAGAUGAAGAUGAGGAGCCCCAGAGUGCCCGAAUCCAGAAUAUUGGAGAACAAGGUCAUAUAGCUUUGCUGGGGCAUAGUCUGGGAGCUUAUAUUUCGACUCUGGACAAAGAGAAGCUUAGAAAACUUAUGACCAGGAUACUUUCAGACACUACGUUAUGGCUAUGCAGAAUUUUCAGGUAUGAAAAUGGCUGCGCUUAUUUCCACGAAGAAGAAAGAGAAGGACUUGCAAAGAUUUGUAGGCUUGCUAUUCAUUCUCGUUACGAAGACUUUGUAGUGGAUGGUUUCAAUGUGUUAUAUAACAAAAAACCUGUCAUAUAUCUUAGUGCCGCUGCUAGGCCUGGCCUGGGCCAGUACCUAUGUAAUCAGCUCGGGUUGCCCUUCCCCUGCUUAUGUCGUGUGCCAUGUAACACUAUGUUUGGAUCCCAGCAUCAGAUGGAUGUUGCCUUCCUGGAGAAACUGAUUAAAGAUGAUAUAGAACGCGGAAAACUGCCCCUUUUGCUUGUAGCAAAUGCUGGAACUGCGGCAGUAGGGCACACAGAUAAGAUUGGACGUUUGAAAGAACUCUGUGAGCAGUAUGGCAUAUGGCUUCAUGUGGAGGGUGUGAAUCUGGCAACCUUGGUUCUAGGUUAUGUCUCCUCAUCAGUUCUGGCUGCAACCAAAUGUGACAGCAUGACACUGACUCCGGGUCCAUGGCUGGGUUUGCCGGCUGUCCCUGCAGUCACCCUUUAUAAACACGACGAUCCUGCCUUGACUUUAGUUGCCGGUCUUACAUCAAACAAGCCAGCAGACAAACUCCGUGCCCUGCCACUGUGGUUGUCUUUACAGUACUUGGGCCUCGAUGGGAUUGUGGAGAGGAUUAAGCAUGCCUGCCAACUGAGUCAACGGUUACAAGAAAGUUUGAAGAAAGUGAACCACAUCAAAAUCUUGGUGGAAGAUGAGCUCAGCUCUCCAGUAGUGGUGUUCAGGUUUUUCCAGGAAUUACCGGGUUCAGAUCCAGUGCUUAAAGGCAUCCCUGUGCCCAACAUGGCACCUUCGGCAGUCAGCCGGGAAAGACACUCGUGUGAUGCCCUGAAUCGCUGGCUGGGAGAGCAGCUCAAACAGCUGGUGCCGGCGAGCGGCCUCACGGUCAUGGAUCUGGAAGUGGAGGGCGUGUGCAUCCGGUUCAGCCCUUUGAUGACAGCAGCAGUUUUAGGCACUCGGGGAGAGGAUGUGGAUCAGCUUGUGGCCUGUAUCCAGAGCAAGCUGCCCGUCCUCACCUGCACACUGCAGCUACGGGAGGAGUUCAAGCAGGAGGUGACAGCAGCGGCAGGUCUCCUGCACGUCGAUGACCCGAACUGGCCUGGAAUAGGGGUUGUCAGGUAUGAACAUGCUAAUGAUGAUAAGAGCAGUUUGAAAUUAGAUCCAGAAGGGGAAAAAAUCCAUGCUGGACUCCUGAAAAAGUUAAAUGAACUGGAAUCUGACCUUACAUUUAAAAUGGGCCCGGAAUAUAAAAGCAUGAAGAGCUGUAUUUACAUUGGCAUGGCGAGCGACGACGUGGAUAUUUCUGAACUAGUGGAGACCAUUGCAGUCACAGCCCGAGAAAUUGAGGAGAACUCACGGCUUCUGGAAAACAUGACAGAGGUGGUUCGGAAAGGGAUUCAGGAAGCUCAGGUUCAGCUGCAGAAGGCAAAUGAGGAGCGACUUCUGGAAGAGGGGGUGUUGCGACAGAUCCCUGUCGUGGGGUCCGUCCUGAACUGGUUUUCUCCAGUACAGGCUUCACAGAAGGGGAGAACCUUUAACUUAACAGCAGGCCUCAGCCUUCAGCAGAGAGGCAUCUGUUCCUUGCUGCUGAAGCACCUUUCCCACUCGCACGUGGAUUCCCAGGCAUGCUCGGGCCACCCUGCUGGCCGAGGACUGUCCGAGGGACGCAGGGUCCCUGGGGAGGUUCAGGGUGGAAUACCCCAGCAGGGCUGGGCCUCGUUGACAGCGCAUUUCCGGAGGGCCAAAGGCUCUGCUGGUCUGAGCGAGGCUCAGUGGCCGCAAGAAGCUUCUAGGGGAACGAGGCUGCAUGGGUCAGCUCCCAGGGCAGCCUGUACCAGGAGUUUCUGCACACACUUCUCUCUUUCAUCGGCAGGCUCCUUGGAGUCCACGGAACACACCUACGUCUACAAGGUACAAGGCACGGGAGUCACACCACCUCAGACCCCCUCGGGCACCCGCACGAAGCAGAGACUUCCAGGCCAGAAGCCUUUUAAGAGGUCCCUAAGAGGUUCUGAUGCUCUGAGCGAGACAAGCUCGGUCAGCCACAUUGAAGACUUAGAAAAGAUGGAGCAUCUGACCAGUGGGCCAGAGCAAGAUGUCCUGGAGACCAGCAGCCCUGAGCCCCACCCUGGGGCUCCCACCCUGCAGGACACCGAGCAGACGGGGGCCCUCCAGAACGGGGCCCAGCGCCCAGAAGAUGACCGUCCCCAGGUAGAAGAACUGGAGAGCUUAAGAUAAAAUUCACUGUUUUGCUUUGAGACUGUACUGAGUAUUAUUUCAGGGAAGAUGAAGUUAUAAUGAAAAUGUGAACCGUGCCACAUGCUAAUGCAAGAGAAAUUACUGUUAUUUGUGCUUAACUGGGAUUUUUUGCACAAAUACGUGCCUGAAAGCCAGGCUUUUUAGAAGGGCAAUUGACUUGUCUAAUUCCACGAGUAUGCGGAGCUGUCAAUACCAUUUUCCCCCGUUACCAUAAACACUUGGAUUCACAAAGAACACUUAGAAUUUCAAGUGCCUGCCACUUGAAACACUUGCUGUUACCAUUCUAAACGUAAGUGUAAGACAUUGUAUGAGGUUACUUAUGAUGUUUUGUUGAGACAGCUUUCUUUAGAACUCUCUGGGUUCUCCGCUGUACUGCUGCUGGAGAGAGACGACAGGCUUUCCAUGUUGGAGCUGGUGUUCUGUUUGGGCAGGCUGCAGCGGACAGCGGGUUUGGAUUUGGCUUGAAGGAGAACGGGAUUCAGUGGGACUGAACGAGAGCCCAUGCCCGCCGUCCCCACUGCUGCUUCCCCGGGGGGCGUGGGGGGGGGGGAAGAAGCCCCCCUGCCGCAGAUCCAUUUCUCCCUUUAUGUACUAUUUGUAAACAAAGGACUAUCUAUGAAGAGUAACUGUAAAACUCUUGGCCAUAUAUAUGUAUAUUUUUAAAUAUUGGUAAAGCUUUUAAAUUGGCACACAGGAAUAGACUGUGCUCAUUUCUAUGUUUAAUAUCCGAAAACCUGAUAGAGAUGCUACUCUUAACCUAAUAUUAACUACGCUGUGUAGCACCCAGUUAAAUUCUUAAGUAUCCCUUUGACCCAUUUGACAUGGGAGCUUCUGUGGCUUCUCCCCACUAGCACCUCACCCCUUUGGGCCCAACUCAGAAACAAGAACCAGAAAAGUCAUCUUGCUCAGGCUGGUCAAGCCAGACCACUGCAGAAAUAACUGGAAGCAAGCCCUUAAAUACUGCCCGUUUCUACUUUUCUGGAAGUACUGCGUCUCCUCAUUUAUCCUAGGUAAUGGCCCCUGUGCCUUUAGUCCAGCCAAGUUAAGCUACGGGACACCUCAAGAUAGUGGGGUUUCACACUGGGUUUGUGAGCUGUCGUGUUGGAAGCCUUAGUUACACCAUAUUAAGCCUAUAAUUAGACUCUGAUUGGAUGUGAUCUCUGACAUUUGGCACUUGUCAAAAUGCAAUUUUUUUUUUUUUUUUUGGUGCAGAUGAUUAAAGUCUUCCCUGUUUAUUUGGUGCAAUGAAGUAUAGCAGAUAACAUGGGGAAAGGGGAAAUUAUCACCUUUAACAAGAUUAAUUUUUAAAUGUUUUUAUAUAUAUUUGGAAUUGUUAAAUUGGUUUUGCUGAAACAGAAUUUCACCCUUAAGACACUAUUUGAAUGUUGGUUUCAAUAAAGGUUCUUGAAAUUGUUA